AUGCUUGGAGUCCAGUGGGAAAAUCCAAGGACGCAAAGAGCCUUCUACUCAUACUCUAAAGACUGGCUCUUGGUCCUGCUUAUGCUUGCAGUGUUUUUCGCCAUUGACCUCAUUAUGCCCUUCCAUCGUCAAUUCUCAGUCGAAGACAAGACACUCAUGUACAAGUUCACAGAACAUGAAACUGUGCCAGCAUGGACACUUGUGUUAAUAUGUCUGUUGGGACCUGCUCUUCUUAUUGGCAUCAUCUCGAUACAUUUUCAGAAGAGUACUCGCGACUUUUUCAUUGGUGUGCUCGGUCUAUUUCUUGCACUUUCAAUGACAAUUAUGCUGACCGAUAUUAUCAAGAUUACGGCAGGACGUCCUCGUCCCGAUUUCCUUGCACGAUGUAAACCACCGCUUGAUGUGGUGGAUCCUCCAUUGGGAUUGUCUGAUUAUACGGUCUGCACUACUCCGAUUGAUUCGUAUAUUAUGCGUGAUGGUUUCAAAAGCUUUCCAAGUGGCCAUUCUUCAUUCUCCUUUGCAGGUCUUGGUUAUUUCGCGUUUUAUCUGGCAGGAAAAAUGCAUAUCUUUGAUGAACGCGGGCAUACUUAUAAAUGCUUUCUAUUCGCUUUUCCAUGCAUUGCAGCAUUACUUGUAGCUAUUUCACGUACGCGAGACAAUCGACAUCAUUGGCAAGACGUAUUGAUUGGAAGCCUUUUGGGCGCAGGAUGUGCUUAUUUUGCAUAUCGUCAGUACUACCCUUCCCUCAUUGUUGCUGAAUGUGAACUACCUUAUAAUGCACGUUUCGGCUCUAUUGACUUGUCAGAAGAAGAAAGGCCAAUCAUGUAUGCGGAGGAGGAUGAAGAAGCGAAUCUAGAAUCAGGAAAUGAAUGUGAAGAAUCAUCAUCAAGUACUACCACCCAAACACCUUCCGACGAACAACGUUAUCGUAAAAAUGUCUCAAGUAUACAUCGAGGUUCAAUAAGCACUGGAGUAGCGCGGUUUUGA